GUCUGCCGCUGGCGCGAGCCAUGGCCAGAAGCACUGGCGCUCAGCGGAGGCUGGUUUAGCGAAGAUACUACAAUUUCCCUUGCAUUUUUUGGAAAAGACCUAUUGGACAAAAACAACAAGUCAUGCCUUUGGAAGAGUCUAGAGAAUCUGAAUCUUGGCAUCCAGCCUCACCGCCAGCUUCCAGACUGCUGUGUCUCUUAUCUGAGGCUUCUUCAUUGGGGCCUCUGCUGCUUUGUUUAUGAUUGGAUCAAGAGGUUUUGUUGAUCGGAUGAUUUCCGUUGCCUGAUGUGGGACCUGCAUGUACGUCAGGUCUGAUGUCUGUAUCAUUGCUGCUAGUGAGGUGAACAUGAGUGUUGAAGGCCAUUUGUACGUUGAAGAUUUGGAAUUGGCCAACCUCAUGGGUACAUUGGGGCUUCCUGUUUCAUUCAGCACAAGUAAAGUGAAAAAGAACACAGCCAACAAGGGAAAGAAAAAAGGAAGACAAGCACCAUGUGAAGCAGCAAACACUGAAGUCGAUAAUGAUGUGAGGAUAUGCACCAAUACUGAAGAUAGAGAAAGCACUGCUCAAUUGAUGGCUGUUUUGGAGCACACUACCUCGUGCAAUUCAUCUGGGACUGCUCUGGGUUACAGGGAAGGCAGUCCUUGCGUUGAAGAACAAGAAGAGUUUGGCUAUGAAGCUGAAAAUAAGCGUGAACUUGGGACUUGUAAGCUUCCUGAUAACAUGGGCAACCCAGUAAAACCAGAAUCUCCUAUUCAAAAAAAUCAAGCUGCUGACACUGUGUUGCAAUGGCCUGAGGGGAUGCGGGGGCAUAACUUUGUUGAUGGCGAAUCUAGAAAUUCCUGUAUUGGGAUUUAUGAGGAAGAAAGAUUGUCUACAAGGGAAGAUCAAAACUCUGCAGAAACUCUUUUAGUACCCCAUGAUAAUAACGAUGUUGACCGCGAGGCUUGUCUAAGUUCAGCAAAACCAUCUUCUGUUGAUGGGCAUGCUCAAAGUUCUGACAACUUUUGCUAUGACUAUGGUGAUUGGAGAGUUUUCUGGGAUUCAUUCUACAGCCGAUAUUACUACUACAACAUUCACACACAAGAGUCCACAUGGUGCCCUCCUGAAGGAUUGGAGAAUUUUGCUUCAUAUUAUAGCACAGAUACAACAAAAGAGCUGGUGGAACUGGGAUCUCAGUGUACAAGCGUAAGCGUAUCAAUGCAAGAAAACAAUCAGGCUGGUGAUGACAAACAUCUCAAUGGUCAGGGACAAAAUCAUUGCAACAAGUUACACGAUUUAUCCAAGAUUCCUUAUGAAGAGAUAAUAAAUCAAAGUAUCAUAACUACCAUUCACGAAGUACAGCACGCUGAAAAUAAACAGAAUGAUUCAACGACUGAAGUGUUAGAGAUAGAACAAGGAGUUGCUAGCACCAAAAAGAAAAGGAGAGUAAGGAGAUCUCAACCGUAUCAUUCAUGCCAGGACAUGUCAGGGAACAUCUCCAAUGACAUCAUCAAGUACUGGACUCAGCGGUACUCACUUUUUUCGCUUUUUGAUAGUGGCAUACAGAUGGAUGAAGAAGGGUGGUUUUCAGUCACACCAGAGCUGAUUGCAAAGCAUCAUGCAUCUCGUGUUGGUGCGGGGGUGAUGAUGGAUUGUUUCACAGGAGUUGGCGGAAAUGCCAUCCAGUUUGCCACAAAGUGCAAGCAUGUUAUUGCAGUUGAUAUUGAUCCACAAAAGAUUGAUAGCGCACAGCAUAAUGCAUCUGUUUAUGGAGUAAAUGACAGCAUAGAUUUUAUUGUAGGUGAUUUUAUCCAUAUAGCUCCUUAUCUGAAGGGAGAAACUGCUUUCAUGUCGCCUCCUUGGGGUGGACCUGACUACUCUAAAGUGGAAAUUUAUGAUUUGAAAUCAAUGCUUAGGCCUUGUGAUGGGUACUCUCUUUUUAAACUUGGUACUAUGAUAGCUUCAAGAGUAGUGAUGUUUCUUCCUCGCAACAUUGACCUUAACCAAUUGGCAGAGAUGUCCUUGUUAGUCGAUCCUCCAUGGGCGGUUGAGGUUGAGAAGAACUUCCUCAAUGGAAAGCUGAAAGCCAUAACGGCAUACUUUGAGAAACAGGAUGGUUGAGGCGUGCUGUGGCAAUGGUGAUACAAACUGAAAAUCUGUGUUCAGUUAUGAGCAAUUCAGGGAAUGAGAAACUUUUUAUCGGUGCCUAUGGGCAGCACAAAGCAUCUGUAAUUUUGCCAAAUGUAGCGGACCAUGUUUGCAUCAUCAACCGGAGUAUCUUCGUAGUUAGGAAGGUAGCUGCGUUACUGCCACACUGACUUCUGCUCAGACCCUUUGGUUUGUCAUUUCGAUGCUGUAUUUUUAACCAAAUCGUUAGCCUA